CGUGUAUAGCAUAUGUGGUUGUCAAUUGAAGUUGUUUGGAUGAUGAUGAUGGUACCUUGAAGAAUUUGAUUGAAGAAGAAGAAGAAGAAGAAGAAAUGGCAAUAGCUCCUUCUCCUUCUUCUCUUUCUGUCCCUGGCUGCCGCUUGCAUCUGCAUUCUUCUUUCCUCUCUUACCCUCUCAACUCCUUCUCUCCCUCACCAACUUCAACAAGAAUUCAAGCAAAAGCCAUUAGAGCUGAACUUGAUCAAAACACGGUAGUGGCUAUAACGGUUGGUGUUGUGAGUGUUGCAGUGGGGAUUGGCAUUCCGGUCUUCUAUGAGUCUCAAAUUGAUAAUGCUGCUAAGAGAGAAAACACGCAACCCUGCUUCCCAUGCAAUGGCUCUGGUGCUCAGAAAUGUAGAUUUUGUUUGGGAACAGGAAAUGUGACAGUUGAACUUGGUGGCGAUCAGAAGGAGGUCUCGCGGUGCAUAAAUUGCGACGGUGCUGGUUCACUCACAUGCACCACUUGUCAAGGAUCUGGAAUCCAACCUCGUUACCUUGACCGCAGGGAAUUCAAAGAUGAUGACUGAACCAUAUUAAUUUGGAUUUUACUCGUGAGGUUAAUGUUCGCAUUUAAUUUGUUUCAUCUGUAUACACAACUAAUACAACUAUCAAAAUCAUGUUAAACAAUUCACUUCAUUUGCCUUUCAA